CACACUCGACUCCCACGGCAAAGUAGAACAGUGAUCAAUGUGUUUAUAGUGGACAACCUUUCUCUGAUAGCCAAGUGAUAGUCAUAAGCUAAAUGCAAAGUGAAGAGAGCGUCCGCUCAUCGUGAACCGUUACUGUUCUCGAUUCAUUUACGACUGGUUCGCCGGCGCACGGUAAAAGCAUCGCGGGAGAUGUUUACGCGCAGUCAAAUCGCAAGAGGUGCCUCGAAUGCACGCACCAUGCUCUUAGUACUUGCUUUUGUCUCGCUGGCGUUCGCCGCACCCGCCACCUACGAUCAACGUCAAGACGGCGAAGUUAAUGUGCAGGCUGAUGUCCAAAACGUUGUCCUUCUAGUUGCUAUCCCUCAGAAGAUACCGAGCAGCCUGUUAGACUUGAGCUGGUUGAAGAGCGCGAAGGAAGGCAACGAUGAUAUUCAGGAGCGAGCUGAUGUACAUGUGAUGGAGGCGUUUGUUGAGCCGAGCACACCGUACCGAGUCGAAAUUGGCACUGAAGGUGAGAAGAAAGUUGAGGGUGACGGGCGUAAUGCGGAAGUAUUAAUCCCCGGCCGGAAACCGAUUGAAGCAGAGGAACCGGAGGAUAAAAAUGAAUUUAAGCUCAUUGGCGCGAUGGAGCAGUGCGGACCGGAUAGAAUGAGAGAUCCAGUGACGCUCAUGUGCGUUGAUGAACCGGAAGCACCAUCUACACGAGCCCCGGAGGUUAUCGCUGUAUCGACGUAACCUGAUCUCACGAUUACUAUAGGAUACUAAUUUAUUAUUUCAUUAUGUAAUUUAUUUGUAAAUUAUUAUAUUUUUAAGUAAACGUAUUAAACAAC